AUGAAUGUCUUCAUAUCGUCUUACUGUAAGUUAUCAAGAAUUGUUGGUGGUAAAGGUGUAACGAGAGUUGAAUACCCGUAUCAAGCAGUCUUAAGACGUAUUACAGAUAAUUGGCUUAUUGGCGGUGGUGCAAUUAUCAGUCACAAGCACAUUUUAACAGCAGCUCAUUGUGUUGAUAAUAAAUUUAUUUCUCACGCAAAUAUAAAAAUCAAUGCAGGAGAAACAAAUUAUACUCAUAAAUUUACGUCUGAAUAUAUUCCAAGAAGAAUUUUCAUUCAUCCGAAAUACUCAGGACACCUUAAUAAUAGGCAAACUCCAAAUAAUGAUAUUGCUGUUAUUCAGGUUCAUGGUAAUAUAGCGUUUAACAGGUUUCAGAAUUCUAUACCUCUUACAGACAGAAAUAUUCAAAAUGGUGAUAUGGGUAUUAUUUCUGGUUGGGGAACAAUAACACAUCCAGUAAUUAAUUACGCUUCAAUAUUGCAAAAAGCCUCGAUGACGAUCAUUAAUCCUAUCUCUUGUCAAAAAGAAUUUCCGAUUAAUAUUUAUCAUGAUCAAUUUUGUGCUUUCAAUAGUUCAGGAGUGGGCCCGUGUAUUGGAGAUGGUGGAAGUCCAUUGGUCAUUAACUAUAGAGUCUUUGGUAUAUUUUCAAUGAGUUAUCUUUGUGCUGCAGGAGUACCAGACGUCUAUACUAAUGUAUUUUCACACAUUAAUUUCAUUAAAACUGUAAUAAAAUUUUGAUGCAGGUAAA